UGUGUUCUUUAUAGUAUUAUCGCCAGUCCCUCAUGCAGCAAUCCACAAAAAUCUGAGCUCCACCUCUUUUACAAUCGUCCAAUGUCUUACUACUUUUCAGAUACUAAACAUAGAACUACUGUUGUAGACUACUACGGCUGCUGCUGAAAUAUGUCGACCGGUUUCCACCUGUUCCUGGCGGUCGCCGCCAUCUUGUCCCAGCACGUCCAAAGUGCCGACAUCCUGGUCGCCACAUUGACGUUCGGCAGCCCCUGGCUGGACGUGGCGAAGAUUGCCGAAGUCUUGGCUUCCCGAGGACACGACGUCACCGUGUUGGCCCAUGCUAGUCAGAAGAGCGACCUCAUGCGGAAAUGGCCGAACUUCCGAUACGAAACAUUCGGAGAUCCUGGAAAACCGCCGUCGGUUAAGGAAGCCAUAAAAACCGUACCUGAAAGGAUAGUAGGUUUCAGGUUCAACGUAUUUAGAGCUUACAGUACCGUUAAAAAGACAUAGGCGGA